UUUGAAAAUGUUAUGCAGAUUUCCGGAAAUGAAAUGCAGCGUUCCAGGCUACACUAGCUAUGCUAGCAAAAUCCCAUGAACAGGUGUAUCGUAAUCAAUUUAUAAGAGUCUUCUAAAACAACAAUCUCACUGAUUUGCCUUUUGUAUCAUUUACUUCAUUAGAAAUGCUGUAUUCGUGUUAAAAAUCUCUCUCGAAACAGGACACCCUGUGUAUUAACAAGAUUUUGUUCUUGGUAUUUUUAUCUACCGUAAAAUUAAUAAAUUAACAGAAAUUAUAUUAGAUAGUGAAGUAAUGGCAUGAUAGACUAAGAGUUCAUGUAUAUUUGCAAAGUUAGUGUCUUAGAAAAUCUCAGAAGAAGGAAGUAGAUGUCAGUUGUCUGUGGACAAACAAGUGUCGAAAAAGACAUUAUUUUUCUUAAUGAUCAGUUGAAUUGAAAGAAAAACUAUUUUAUAUAAAUUAUAUGACUUUCGAAAUGAAGCAGUUUUUUAAUCUUAUCUACAAGAGAGACACGAUCAUGAGAAAAUUGGGACAGACUUCCGAGAAUUUAUUUUACUGUAUUUUACAGACGAAACAAGAGGAUACUAUUCCAGAGAUGAGAAACUAUGGCCUGUAUCAGCCCUGAUAUAUUUUCAAAGUAAGGACGAGUCUUUAAAUCAAAUCGAAGAGUUCAUCGAUUCCAUACAAUCAGCUGCAUGGACCAAGGUUUUCAUAAUCCAAAACCAAUUCUUCAGACGUUGUGAGGUCCCUACUGAAUCAAAGUGCCCUUUACUGGAAAAGGAAAGCAUUCGGGAAGAGCUCAUCUCUUUCCUAGAAACCCCUUUGAAAGAAUAUAUUCAAGGGCUUCUUGAUGAAUUUAAAGGAUCAGAGGGAGGAAAUAUACCAGAAAUCAGGAAUAGAUGCCUUUCAGUUUUAUCACAUAUGUCUCCAGAAAUGAACUCAACAAAUGAAAUUCCCCAGAUUGUGAAAGAAUUUCUGUUUCAAAAACCUGGUAUACAUGGUUUUGGUAUCCUGGAUUCAUCAAAUUUCAGGGUAUUCAUAGAAAAAAGUGCAGAAAUCGAGUCGCUUAAAUCUGAAUUAUAUAAACUUUGUCCGAAUUUUUUUAACAAGAUGUCACUCAAAAUCGUAUCCGAUAAAAUAAAAAUUCAAAAUUAUGUAGAACAAGGAGAUAAAAUUUAUCUAAAUAAGAAAACUGAUGAUACACAAUUUUCCUAUGCCACGGUUGGUGCUCUACUGAAAGACGAUGGCAAAGACAAAGUCUAUGGAUUAACUUGUCAUCAUGCCUUAACUCAAGAGAAUCAACAUGUGUACACUUUAUCUCCAGACACUUCCAAACUCUCAAAAGUCGGUGAAUGCAUUUAUUCAGAUAAAAAACCUCUCCAUGAUUUUGCCGUUUUCCAAAUAGAUAAAGACAAAGAAAGACACUGCAACACGACCUUUUUGAACAGAAUGGAAGAUCCAUGCAACGUUAAUAUUCAACAAGGACUCAUACCGUCAAACGCUGUCGUACAUAAAAAGGGAGCCACAACUAACUUUACUGAUGGUCGGAUAUUGAGCUCAGAGUUUUACUAUAAGCUGUUCGGGGAUGAACAGAAAAUGUUCCCCGUUUCAUUCCUAGUCUCCAGUUUAGACCCAGGUGACCACCCCUUCUCUGAACAAGGCGAUUCAGGCUCGGUGGUUUUCCAACACGACAGUUCUCCUGACCAGACAUCAGUGUCAGCCCUGGGACUUGUGACUGGAGGGAUAAAUGACGUCAGAGACGACAGUUCGACCGAGGCCCUAAAUGCCACAGUUUGUCUCCGACUAAAUACAGCGCUCUUCUCGCCUUUCAGAAAAGAAGCAAUUAAACUUGAAAUUCGAAGACUCUUCUUGACCUCUUCCAUUUCAGAUGAAUCGCAAAAGCCAGGAGAUAUAUAAUUUUUUUCAUCUGCAACCAAAACGUUAACCUUGGUCAUCGCUCUUUUGAACGAGAAGAGAUAUGGCUUUCACAUUUCUUAUGUACAAUACCUGUGACAAGAAUCUUUCAAAAGAUACUGUGAUUUUUUACCCUGUGACCUACACCUUGAAGUUUGACCUUCUUCUCAAAGUUUUAACAUUAUUUUGAAUUGGUCAUAACUUUUGAAAGAAACAAGAUUCUGCUUUCAUAUUAUACAUGUAUAGUACAAUGCAUGUGAAAUGACCUUUCUGAAUAUAUCAUGACUUUUUACCAUGUGACCUCGAAGUUUACCUCUUUUCAAAAUUGCCUUCUUUCCUGAUAACUUUUGAUUGAGAAGAAAUCGGGCGUAUAUAUUUGACAUGCACAUUACAUGUGACAAGAUGUUACCUAACAUCUUGUGGGUUUUAUAUACCCCUUUACUGGCGUUCAUAUUGACACAAUACCAAAAUGCCAGAAAUAAUGGCAUUCCAUCCCCAAUAAACAAAAGCACGGGACCUGAAGAUGCUUCCGCAUUAAGCUUAGUUUACAUAUAACACAUGACAGAGAGAUGGAUGUUGGAUUUUUUUUAUCAGAAAAGCUCAGCUGGGCCCUCAUCUUAUGCCAACUACAACUCAAUGGGAUUGAUUCAUU